AUGUAUGUCUUCAAAAGAGAUGGUCGCCGUGAACCGGUUAAAUUUGAUAAAAUUACUGCUCGUAUCUCAAGAUUAUGUUAUGGUUUAGAUCCUGCUCAUAUUGACGCUGUUAAGAUCACUCAACGUAUCAUUUCAGGUGUUUAUGAAGGUGUCACCACUAUUGAGUUAGAUAACUUAGCUGCUGAAACUUGUGCUUACAUGACCACCAUUCAUCCAGAUUAUGCCACUUUAGCUGCUCGUAUUGCCAUUUCAAACUUACAUAAACAAACUACAAAACAAUUCAGUGCUGUUGUUGAUGAAUUAUAUAAUUAUAUCAAUCCAAGAACUGGUAAACAUAGUCCUAUGUUAUCUAAAGAUACUUAUGAUAUUGUUCAAGAAUUCAAAGAUGAAUUCAAUUCAGCUAUUGUUUACAAUAGAGAUUUCAACUAUAACUAUUUUGGUUUCAAAACUUUAGAAAGAUCAUAUCUUUUAAGAGUUGAUGGUAAAGUCGCUGAAAGACCUCAACAUUUAAUCAUGAGAGUUGCUAUUGGUAUCCAUGGUAGAGAUAUUGAAAGUGUUGUUGAAACUUAUAACUUGAUGUCUGAAAGAUAUUUCACACAUGCUUCUCCAACUUUAUUUAACGCUGGUACUCCACAUCCUCAAAUGUCUUCAUGUUUCUUAGUUGCUAUGCAAGAUGAUUCUAUUGAUGGUAUUUAUGAAACUUUAAAACAAUGUGCCUUAAUUUCUAAGACUGCUGGUGGUAUUGGUUUACAUAUUCAUAACAUUAGAUCUACUGGUUCUUACAUUGCUGGUACUAAUGGUACUUCAAAUGGUAUCAUUCCAAUGGUUAGAGUCUUCAACAACACUGCUCGUUAUGUUGAUCAAGGUGGUAACAAAAGACCAGGUGCUUUUGCUUUAUACUUAGAACCAUGGCACGCGGAUAUUUUUGAUUUCAUCGAUAUCAGAAAGAAUCAUGGUAAAGAAGAAAUCAGAGCUCGUGAUUUAUUCCCUGCUUUAUGGAUCUCAGAUUUAUUCAUGAAAAGAGUUGAAAGCAAUGGUGAAUGGACAUUAUUCUCUCCAAAUGAAGCUCCAGGUUUAGAUGAAACUUAUGGUGAUGAAUUUGAAGAAUUAUAUGAACGUUAUGAAAAAGAAGGUCGUGGUAGAAAGACUGUUAAAGCUCAAAAAUUAUGGUAUGCUAUCUUGGAAGCUCAAACUGAAACUGGUACUCCAUACAUGCUUUACAAAGAUGCUUGUAACAAGAAAACUAAUCAAAAGAACUUGGGUAUCAUCAAAUCAUCAAACUUAUGUACUGAAAUUGUUGAAUACUCAUCACCAGAUGAAGUUGCUGUUUGUAACUUAGCUUCAAUUGCCUUACCAGCCUUCAUUGAAGUUUCAGCAGACCGCAAAACUCAAUUCUAUAACUUUGAACAAUUACAUAAAAUUGCUAAAGUUGUUACCAAGAAUUUAAACAGAAUUAUUGAUCGUAACUUCUAUCCAGUUGAAGAAGCAAGAAGAUCCAACAUGAGAAAUAGACCAAUUGCUUUAGGUGUCCAAGGUUUAGCUGAUGCUUUCAUGGCUUUACGUUUACCAUUUGAAUCACAAAAAGCUAAAGAAUUAAACAUUCAAAUUUUUGAAACCAUUUAUCAUGCUGCUGUUGAAGCUUCUGUUGAAUUAGCUAAAAAAGAAGGUGCUUAUGAAACUUUCCAAGGUUCUCCAGCUUCUCAAGGUUUAUUACAAUUUGAUUUAUGGGAUCAAAAACCAACUGGUUUAUGGAAUUGGGAUGAUUUGAAAGCUGAUGUUGUUAAAUAUGGUGUUAGAAAUUCUUUAUUAGUUGCUCCAAUGCCAACUGCUUCAACUUCACAAAUCUUAGGUUACAAUGAAUGUUUCGAACCAUAUACUUCAAACAUUUAUUCACGUCGUGUUUUAGCUGGUGAAUUCCAAAUUGUUAACCCAUACUUAUUACGUGAUUUAGUUGAUUUAGGUGUUUGGGAUGAUGCUAUGAAGAGUCAUAUUAUUGCUGAUAAUGGUUCUAUUCAAAACUUACCAAACAUUCCAAAAGAAUUGAAAGAUUUAUACAAAACUGUUUGGGAAAUUUCACAAAAAACUGUUAUCGAUAUGGCUGCUGAUAGAUCUGCUUAUAUUGAUCAAUCUCAAUCAUUAAACAUUCAUAUCCGUGCUCCAACUAUGGGUAAAUUAACAAGUAUGCAUUUCUAUGGUUGGAAGAAAGGUUUAAAGACUGGUAUGUACUACUUGAGAACUCAAGCUGCUUCCGCUGCUAUUCAAUUUACUGUUGAUUCUUCAGUCGCUGCUAAUGCUCAACAUGCUGUUGUUGAUUUGUCAAAAUUAAACCGUCCAACUUAUUUACCAAGAGAAACCACCAAUGAAGAAUCUGAUAUUAGUAGAGAUGGUUCAUCAUCACCAAGAGAAAUUGAAACUGCUGCAACAAGUGUUGCUUCUUUAACUUUAGAUGAAACAAAUAAACCUGCUCAAGCUCCAGUUCCAACACCUGCUCCAGUUGAAGCUGCAGAAGAACCAAAAGAAGAAACUGCUGCUACUGAAGGUGAAGGCCAAGCUAAAGACGGUGAUAUCUUCAGUGAAGCAGCUCUUGCUUGUUCUAUCAACAACCCAGGUGCUUGUGAAAUGUGCUCUGGUUAA